UCCGGGACGGUUCCACCAGCGGGUGGGGGAGGCGGCAGCGGGCGCUGUGCGCAGGAAAGGGAGGGGGCUGCGCUCUCCCCAGCCCGUGCUGUCACGGUGCGCGGUCCCGCCGUGCCUUCGGCAGUGCGGCUGCCGUGGAUCCUCCCCGCACCACUGCCGCGGUGGUCUCGGCCGCGGGGCGGGCCUGCCGCCGUUCCCUAGGUGAGCGCGUUCCCCGCCCCUCCCGCUGCGGCCUCGUCAGCGCUGCCAGCGUGGAGCCGGCCGGGGCUGAGACGGAAGUGCCCGGCGGGGAGGCGACGCGCACCGGCGACUCCGCCGGUUAUGGAUGCCUCUCUGGAGAAGAUGGUCGACCCUACUCUAGCAGAAAUGGGAAAGAAUUUGAAUGAAGCAAUGAAGAUGCUAGAAGACAAUCAAAGAAAAGUGGAGGAGGAAAAUGAAAAGAAGUAUGCACGAAAGGAUAUUCCUGGUCCACUCCAAGGCAGUGGCCAGGAUAUGGUGAGCAUACUUCAGUUAGUUCAGAACCUCAUGCAUGGAGAGGAGGAAGAGGAAACUUCACAGGCCUACCGACUUCAAAAUGUGGGUGAACAGGGUCACAUGGCUCUACUGGGACAUAGUUUGGCUGCUUAUAUAUCAGUGCUGGACAGGGAACGACUGAGAAAACUUACGACAAGGAUCCUUUCUGAUACUACUCUUUGGCUCUGCAGGCUUUUCAGGUAUGAAAAUGGAUCAGCAUAUUAUCAUGAAGAUGAUCGUGAAGGUCUCCUAAAAAUCUGUCGACUUGUUAUUCACACACGCUAUGAAGAUUAUACAGUGGAAGGAUUUAAUGUCCUAUAUUCUAAGCAGCCUGUCAUAUACAUUAGUUCGGCGGCUAGAACAGGCUUGGGCCGAGCUCUCUGCAAUCAGCUUGGGUUACCCCUCUCUUGCAUGUGUCGGGUGCCUUGUAACACUAUGUUUGGAUCUCAACAUCAAAUGGAUGUUGCUUUGUUGGACAGAGUGAUUAAAGAUGAUCUUGAGUCUGGAAAACUGCCUUUGUUGCUUGUGGCCAAUGCUGGGACACCAGGUGCUGGGCACACAGAUAAACUUGGCCGACUGAAGGAACUCUGUGAGCAGUACAAUAUGUGGCUCCAUGUAGAAGGUGUGAAUUUGGCAACUUUGGCUUUGGGAUAUGUCUCCUCUUCUGUACUGGCUGCUACAAAAUGUGACAGCAUGACUCUUACUCUGGGUUCCUGGCUGGGUCUCCCAGCUGUGCCUGCAGUGACACUUUACAGACAUGAGGAUCCAUCUUUGUCCUUGGCAGCUGGGCUGACAUCGAGUCAGCCUGUAGAGAAGCUCCGUGCCCUGCCCCUGUGGCUCUCCUUGCAGUACCUGGGCCAUGAUGGGAUUGUGGAGAGGAUAAAACAUGCCUCACAACUAAGUCAAAGGUUGCUGGAAAACUUGAAAAACCUGGAUUUCAUUAAAACUUCGGUUGAAGAUGAACUGAGUUCACCAGUGGUGGUUUUCAAGUUCUUCCGGGAAUAUUCAAAUAGAGAUCAAACCUCACAUGCUGCACAGGCCUCAACUAUUCAGCACCCUUUAACGAGCAACGAAAGAGACGUUUAUGACACUCUCAAUCAGUGGCUGGGAGAGCAGCUGGCUCAGCUGGUUCCUGCCAGUGGAGUUGAUGUGGUAGAACUGGAAGAUGAAGGCACGUGUGUGCGUUUUAGCCCACUAAUGACUUCUGCAGUUUUAGGAACUGAAAUACAAGAUGUUGAUCAGUUAGUAGACUGCUUAAAAAUGAAGAUACCAGUAUUGACAAGUACACUGCAACUGAGAGAGGAAUUUGAGCAAGAAGUGAGAAGAACAGUAGGCCUGUUGUACGUUGAAGAUCUCAGCUGGCCUGGAUUAGGUGUUGUAAGGUACAACUAUCACUGUGAUGGGAAGGAUGAUGACAAACAAGAAAAAGAACUAGAAAAAAUCAAUACAGAACUUCUGAAAAAAUUAAAUGAACUGGAGUCAGAUCUCACUUUUUCUUUGGGUCCAGAAUUUGGAGGGCAGAAGAACUGUGUGUAUAUUGGCAUGGUAACUGAGGACCUGGAUGUGUCAGAGUUAGUUGAAACCAUUGCAGCAACAGGCAGAGAAAUUGAAGAAAAUUCAAGACUGUUGGAAAACAUGACUGAGGUUGUCAGAAAAGGGAUACAGGAAGCACAACUUCAGCUUCAGAAAGCCAAUGAAGAACGACUUCUGGAAGAGGGACUGCUACGACAGAUUCCUGUAGUGGGCUCUGUGCUGAACUGGUUUUCUCCAUUCCAAGCCUCGCCAAAGGGAAGAACAUUUAAUUUAACAGCAGGCUCUCUAGAAUCCACAGAAUCUACAUAUGUAUCAAAAGCCCAAGGAACAGGCACUACCCCACCACCAACUCCUACUUCUAGCCUUGCAAAGCAAAGAUUUCCUGGUCAGAAAAUUUUUAAAAGGUCUCUAAGAAAUUCUGACACAUUCAGUGAGACCAGUUCAGUCAGCCACUGUGAUGACCUGGAGAAGAUGGAUCAGAGGCCCUCAACUCUAUCCCCUGGCCAACAGCAAAGACCUUUGGAGACAGAAAAAACAGAGGAGCAGAAGGAGGUGGCCCAGGGAACAAAGACAGACACUGAGGACAUUCCAAGUGACAAACCACCAAGUGACUGCAUGAAGGCAGAGCAACAAGAAAGUCAAAGAUAAAAUCCAGACUGAAUUUCAGACUUUGCAGAGGAAGCCCGUGCCCUGGGAAGCCCAUGCCCUGGGAGGCAGGCUGUUAAUGAUGCAUUUAAAUGUGAACAGUGCCACACACUAGUUACUACUGUAACUUAUUAACUGGGAUUUUGCACAAAUAUAAAUUCCCCUCCAUGGGACAGAGACUUAUUUUACCCUACACUUGUUACAGUUGCUUUAAUCCUCUACAUGUCAAAGUCACCAAAGUACUAGUGAAAUUUAGUAACUGCUCAUAAACAUUUGUAAAAACAACUGGCAGUUAUCCUUCCUGCAGGAAUCCAAACAUAAUCGGUUUUUUUUAUGUUAAUACACUUAAAAAUAAUGAACUGCCAAUUGAUCAUCUUUUAAUAUUUAAAAUUCAAUUUAGCCUCUCCUGCAAAACAUCUGUUGCAGUUACACUGUGUUUUGCUGCUUUUCACCCUCCAAAGAACACACAGAGCUGUGGUGGGGUGAGCAGGAGGGAUGGAGGCCUCUGCACACAGGGCACUGUUGCCCUUUGCCAUCAACCAUUUCUCUCCUGGUGUCGUGACCUGACCCCUUCAACUGAGGCCCUUGGGACAGCAGGGACUGAGUGAAUGAGUUUUAAGCCUUUUAGAAAGAAAUAGUGCCUCUGCAUGCCUGAAUGAAUUCUUGCUUCUGCCACUGGUAAGAAUCACCAACACACUAUUUUCCUUUGCACGCUGUUUACAAACCAAAUACUAUUUAACACAUUUAUGUAGUGUAACGAGUUCCUUCUGUUGUGUACUUUUACAGAUAGUUGUAGAAGAGCUUGAAAAACUGAUACAUUUGUGAUGGUUUCAACACUUACUUUUUGAAUAACAGUAACUUACCUAUGGUAGGAGUUGUACAGCCUUAAAGAAAUUGUAUCUGUUAUUUACACUACAGCACAACUUCAUAGUGUCUAGAACUACUUAAUGCACAUGCAAAGCUUUGGAUAAAUCAAAAGUUAAGCUGUAGACAUCUCCCCUCCCUACUACCUUCCCUAGUUAUCUUAAUCACUUUGCUGCAAAUUUUCAGAGCUUCUUGUGGAAAGGCGAUCUUUAGAAAAACUUGCUUUCCCCAAGGUAUCUGAUUUUGGGGAAAACCAUCCCAUCCCAACAGAAUUGGAUGCAAGUAUUGUAGUUUGUUUUUCUGGUUUUUGUUUGGGUUAUUCUUCUCCCCCUAAAAGGCAUAAAUUAACUCCAUAAUGGCUGUAGUGGCAGCAGAACUUACUUUGAUAAUCUAAAAAAUUUGGGGGUUUUGAAUUGUAGUGUCACCUGAUAUGACUUUCAGCUUUGAUGCCAGGAACAUGGUUAAUUUUGAUGCUGGGAUAAUUUAUAUAAAUCUGAGUGCAAUUUUCUGAAGUGCUAAACCAAUUAAGUUGACUGGUCUUCCUCAUUGGUUUCUUUGGUGCAAUGAAGUAUGUUAAUAAGACUAAUUAUUUGGGGGUAAAAUUAUCACUACAAGGAUUAAUUUUUAAUGUUUUUAUAUUUGGGAAUGUUAAACCAGUAGUUUUGUUGGAUUGAGCUUCAUUCUUUGGCUACUAUCUGAAUGUCUCAUUAAAGAGUCUUCGAGUUGUUUCUCCUGAA